GUCAUUGUUUUAUCUAGUUGUUGGCAUGUUGGCUCCUCCCCCUGUCUGGAGGUGGAAAUGACAGUCUGAGGAGGAGGAGCAGGACAGAGGUCUGCGCUGCUGGGUCCAAUAAACGAGUAGCAGGGCUGUCAGAGUGAAACUGUGAAUUAGAGAAAAUAAAGCCAGAAACAAAAGUGGUUGGAUUAAAACUAACUCUUAUUCAACAGUUCCCGGUUGGAUUUAGCAGUUAAAUGAGUGCGUAGACGGCUCGGACACACUGAAGACAGUGAUUAAUCUGCUAUGAUCGAUAAAAUAUUUGGUGAAUCAUGGCUGCCCUGUUUACCGAGCUACCCUCCUAGACUUCUGUGAUAUAUAGACAUACAUAUACCUAAACAUCUCUGGAAUAUACACAAACGCACACACUGUUGACUUUUGGGUGUGUGUGCGUGAGGGAUGACGACCUCCCAUUUGAACGGCCACGUUGCUGGGGAGGGAGGAGGAGGAGGAGGAGGAGGAGGAGGAGGAGGAGGAGAUGAAGAGCUGAGGGGAGGACAGCAGCACCGAGAAAUGGCCGUCGACUGUCCAGGAGAGCUGGGCGGUCGAAUGCUGCCGCUCCGACGAUCUGCACAACUGGAGAGGAUACGACAACACCAGGAGGACCUCCGACGUCGUAGAGAGGAGGAGGGUCGGCAGCUGGACCUGAACGCCUCACUCAGGCUCAGGAAGCUCUCCCAGAAUCCCCACAUCGGCAUCGACAACCCCACAUUCCUGGAAGACACAUACAUACCGCAGCAGCCAGCACUCGGCAGCCAGCACACACAAGCACCGCUGGAGUUGGAGGAGUUGUUGCUGUCACUGAAGCAGGUCCGGGGCUGUCUGUCCGACCAGCAGAGUCAGAAUGACAUCGAACUGGUACUUGCACUACUAAACAAGUCUGAUUUCCAGUCAGCGCUGAAGAUCCAUAAUGCCGUGGCCACCAGCAUGCAUCGACCCUCUCCUCCAUACCCACACACACAGCAGGCACUGCAGCUGGCCAUGGAGGUCAGGAAUACCAUCCAGUCAAGUCAGAACAAAGAGGGACUCGAACUCCACAGCCUGCUGUCCGACACACACAUCCAGUCAUUGCUCCUGGCGCAUGACAGCAUAGCAGAGACGGAAAUGCAGCCUGAACCUCCGCCUGCCCAAGGAGAAACACUGACCCAGUGGGGAGGAGAGACUGUGAAGAUAGUUCGCAUAGAGAAGGCCCAAGAUAUACCGCUGGGAGCCACUGUUCGUAAUGAAAUGGACAGUGUUGUGAUCAGCCGUAUUGUUCGAGGUGGAGCGGCUGAGCGCAGUGGACUUUUAUCAGAGGGAGAUGAAAUCCUGGAGAUAAAUGGCAUCGAAAUCAGAGGGAAAGAUGUCAACCAAGUCUUUGACAUUCUUGCGGACAUGCAUGGCCUUCUGACCUUUGUGCUGAUUCCCAGCAGCCAGAGCAAACCGCCUCCUGUCAAAGAGACUGUGGUCCAUGUGAAGUCUCAUUUUGACUAUGACCCCUCAGAUGACCCUUAUGUACCGUGCAGAGAGCUGGGCCUGUCCUUUCAGAAAGGAGACAUCCUCCACAUUAUCAGUCAGUCAGACCCCAACUGGUGGCAGGCUUACAGGGACGGAGACGAGGAUAACCAGCCGCUAGCUGGACUGGUACCAGGCAAGAGUUUUCAGCAGCAGAGAGAAGCCAUGAAACAGACCAUAGAAGAAGACAAGGAGCCUGAGAAGCCUGGGAAGCUGUGGUGUGCAAAGAAGAACAAGAGGAAGAGAAAGAAGCUGCUGUACAACACUCACAGGAACGAUGAUCUUGAUAAUGAGGAGAUUCUCACCUAUGAGGAGAUGGCUCUGUACCACCAGCCAGCCAAUAGGAAGCGGCCGAUUGCACUGAUUGGUCCAACCAGCUGUGGACAGGGAGAACUUAGGCAGAGACUUCUCAACAACCAACCAGAGCGGUUCGCUGGCGCUGUCCCUCACACCACGCGGAGCCGGCGAGACAGCGAGGUGGGUGGUCGAGACUACCACUUUGUGUCUCGUCAGACCUUUGAGGCAGAACUGGCAGCUGGAAAGCUGAUCGAAUCUGGUGAGUUUGAAAAGAACCUGUAUGGGACCAGUACAGACUCGGUGAGACAGGUCAUCAACACUGGAAAAAUCUGUGUGCUCUGUCUCCACACACAGGCUCUAAAGGUGCUGAGGAGUUCAGACUUGAAGCCUUACAUCAUCUUCAUAGCUCCGCCCUCCCAGGAAAGACUUCGAGCCCUAUUGGCUAAAGAGAACAAGAACCCCAAGCCUGAGGAGCUGCGGGACAUCAUAGAGAAAGCCCGGGAGAUGGAGCAGAGCUGCGGUCACCUGUUUGACGCCGUCAUCGUCAACACAGACCAGGACAAAGCCUACAACGAGCUGCUACGACUCAUCAACAAACUGGACACUGAACCUCAGUGGGUGCCCUGCUCGUGGCUGCGCUGAACACACUCUCUCUCUCUCUCUCUCUCUCUCUCUCUCUCUCUCUCUCACACACACACUUACACAUUACUCACAGAGUAGGCACACACAGCCCAUGGAGCCCAUUUCUACAGAUGUAACAAACUGGACCCUGAAACACUGGUGUGGUUUUUACACAGUGUGCUGUGGUGAGGUUAUAACAGAAUAUUAGGGUUGAUGUUAGGAAAAAGCUAAUGAUUUUAAGAAUGAAGUUGUAAUAUUAUAAGAACCAAGUUGAAAUGUAAUAAGUCACAAUAUUGCAGGAUGAUAAUCAUAAUAGUAUCGCAGUAUAUUGACCAUAAUAUUACAAGAUCAAGUUGUAGUUUUACAAGGAAACAAGUCUAAAUAUUACAAGAAUAAAAGAGUAUUUUAGUAGAAAAAAAAUUAGGAUUUUUGGCAUUUUAAAAGGAUAAAAUGAUAAUAUUUUGAGAAUAAAAUUAUAAUUUCACUAGAAAAAUGUCAUAUUACAAAAACAAAAGAUUAUUUUGAGAACCUCGUGUGAUUGUAUUGGGUAGAUUAGUCACAUGUGCAUGUUUUAGCAUUUGCUGACUCCUCACACCAGACUUUCUUGGACUGCAGCGUCACUUUUCCAUGACCAGUAAUGGUAUUAUGGUCUGUCAGAAUGAGCUUAGUUAGCAACACAUCAGCAGAGCAUUAACUUUUACUCAAUGCACAGUUCACCACUUCAUAGUUGAUUCUGGCUGAGUCAACACUGUGUUCAUUUCAUUUCAAUGUCCUGUGAUAUAAAGGUUAUAUAAAGAAAAUAAAGGGUAUUAGUCAUCCACAUUCCCUCAUUUUAAAUGUAAAAGCAAACAAACCUCCCUCAACUGUUAAAUAAGACGCUGCAUUAAAAUAAAUGUCUCAUACUUUUCCAACUUCAUUUUUAAAAUAUUACUUUUUUUUUUUUAAUAAAUUCACAUUAGCUCAUAAAAUUAGGAAUGUUCCUGCAAAUCUAGGACUCUAUUCUAAGACUUUAAUCAUAACAUGGGACAUAUUGUUCUUGAAAAUACAAUCAUGUUUUUAAAACUUUGUCCUCAAAAUAUUCCAACUUUUUUCUAGUAAAAUUAGAACUGUGUCUCAUGAUAUCAUGACGUUUUCUCACAACAUUACAAUUUUACUUUAAAAUAUUACAACUCUCUCACUUCUCUUUACUCAUAAAAUGACAACCAUAAUUUCUGUAAACUUGAUUCAACUGUCACAUCAUGACACAUUGCAUUUAUUUUAUUCUUAAAAUAACAACUUUUUUGUAUAUUUUGACUUUGUCUCAAAAUAUUCUAACUCUACUCGUAAAAUGACGUAAUUCUUGUAAUUUUAUUACUUUUUCUUGUAAAAUUGCGACAGUCUCUCAUAAAACUACAACUUAAUUCUGGGUCUUUAAUCCUAACAUAACAUUUUAUCUUGAAAAAUAACAUUUUCUAUAUGACUUUAUUUACAGAAUUUUAUUAUAUUAAGACUUUAAGACAUAAAACCAUGACUUUAUUUCUAUUUAAAAUAACAGCUUUGUUGAAAUAUUAUGAGUUUUUUUCUUCACUUCAUUCUCAUAACAUUAAGACAUUUUCUCCUAACAUUGGCCCUAAUACUUGUUUUGUAGAGCAUAGAUACUCUGCACACAAUCCGCAUCAUCUAGAAUGUAUUGACCUGGUGGCACUGGUAAUUAUAAAUACAUGAUAUGUAAACGUUUGUGUAUUGACCGUCCUGAAAGGGAGGAAAUCCUCAACAAACUGAUCUUGGAUGGUGCUGAACUGAUCCAUGAUGUUUUUAUUCAUCAGACAUUUUUAAGACACAGAUUUCUGGCAUCAUCACAGUACCUAAUAUACAGAGAUUUUUUUUUUCUUUUGGUUGUUGUUUUUCCUUUUUAAGAGUUGUUCUUUCUUAGAGUACUGAGACUUUUGUUGUUGUUAUUUUUUUUCCUUUAAGAGUUGUUUUUUCUCAGAGAUGCUGGGCCUCUUUUAUGAUGCAUCCUUUGACUUUAUCCUGUGAUCAUUUAAAUUAUGACGCCCAAAUCAUUUUAACUUGGACAGUGCAGAGGAUCAAUGUAAACAUUUGAUUUUGAAUUCAAGAGCUUCUUAGUGUUUUUGUUAAAUAACUUGGCCUUGGACCCAGAUGCCCCUGGUAAGGAGUAAAUGUGAAGAACACACACACACACACACACACACACACACACACACACUCUUACACACACACUUACACACACAUUCAGUACAAAUUAAAAUUCACACUGAGCCACCGCCUGUAUUGCUAUGAAGAACACUCACACGUCCUAAUUGUACACACCACAACAGUGCAUUAGCUUCUGACUUUCCCCUGUACUGGAGGUCUUGAACCCUCUGAACCCUGACUGACUGACUGACUGACUGACUGACUGACUUGUUGAACGGCUGGUUUAUAUCUGGCUCUCCUGUUAAAGUACACACUAUGGCAAUAAACACUAAAAUAAAGGACACAGCACUUGAUCUCGGCUGACUGUUUUAUUUUCUGCCUGUUUUUUCUGACUGACCAAUCACAGAUGACCGUGACAGCUGACUCUUCCUGUCCUGUCUGAUCACAUUUAAGUAGACCUCUGAGCCUGAGCCCUGAGGGGCGAGUGGGUGAAGGAAAGUUGUAGUUUUUAGUUGUGUUCCUGAUCGGCACACAGUGCUGAAUUUAUUAUAUAUUUAGUGUGUAUGUGUGUGUGUGUGUGUGUGUGUGUGUGUGUGUA